AUGGAUGCGUUUGCGACCAAGGCCGGCCGGAAGAUCUUCGAACGCCAUAUCAAGCAGUACGAGGCCAAGGAUCCGCUCUACGAGACAUAUGUGGACGACAAAGGUCGUCAGCGCAGGCGCAGGCGCGAGACUCCCCCUGGACUAUCUAAGCGCGACGUGAAAGUCUUGAGGUCCGUGCAGCGCCGCGCGCACUAUCUGGACAAGGGUUUCAGCAUCUGCGGAAUGCGUUUCGGCUGGACGUUCGUAAUUGGGAUAAUUCCUGGUGCUGGAGACGCUGCUGAUGCCGCCCUGAACUACCUGCUCGUGGUGCGCAAAGCGAAGCAAGCAGAAAUACCUGGCUGGCUCCUGAGCAAAAUGCUCGUCAACAACGCCAUCUCCAUCGGGGUUGGCGUUGUCCCCAUCGUCGGCGACAUCGUCCUCGCGAUGUUCAAAGCGAACUCACGCAACGCCGCGCUCCUCGAGGAGUACCUCCGCCUGCGUGGGGAGGAGUACCUCACGCCCGAGAGCGAGCGCAAGCAGGACGCGAAGGUGGUCAAGCCUGGCGCGGGCAAACUGCCGGACGAGGUCAUCCCGACGGGCGAGGACGCGCACAGGCCGGCGCGCGGGGGGAGAGGCCUCAGCUGGUUCCCCCGUGGGAGCAAGGGCAGCAAGAAGGACAAGGCGAAGGGUGUGGCGGAGCCCACGACUGCGACGCCGACUGGCAGCGUACGUUCGCCGGAGAGGGGCCGGUUCGUCGAGGACGUCCCGCCUAGCACGGCUGGCGUGAGCGACGUGCAGCGCAAGUGAGCUGCCCCCAGAUUGGGCGUGUCGCCUGGCGCAGAUCAUCAUAGUCACAUACCUGGGACCUAUUUGGAAUAUUGAAGAAUUGUAUACCCUUCGGACGUAGCAUGUAGAUUCAUUGUGAUCUUGUUCGCCUUUUGACUACCGCCUUACUUACUAACCUUGC